AUGGCACGCGCGCCCACCCCACCAGCGCUCGCCGAACUACGAGAGCCAACGUCUGUCGAGUCUCAAAUUGCAGCGCUCAAGCAACUGAAGAAUGAAAUAGUGGGCCACGACCAGCGGAAAGAGCUAGCCAUCCGACGGGGCGUCGUGGGGUCUCUGGUGCGGAUACUGACGGCCACGACCAAGGCGAGCGGGAAGAGGAGGAGUAGAGAACUGAACGGGAAUGCGGCCGCGUCGAGGGAAGCGGAGUGGACGGGAGAGGAUGAGGUGAGGUUGCAGGCGACGCUGGUGGCCGGGAGUUUGGCUUUUGGUGGCCCGGCGUUCGUUGCUCCUCUGCUCGCGGGCGGUAUCCUUCCACCACUGCUGCAGUCGCUGUCGCCUGCUGAGACGCCGCCCAAGUUGGUGACGGCCACCCUCGGCGUCCUUGUGACGAUCGCCAAUGCUGUCAAACUACUCUAUACUGGACACUAUGUACCGGACGCUCCGGCUGCCUACCUCCGCCAGCAGUUAUACACGAAGCCCGUGGUGAGGUGCUUGGGGGAUAUACUCGCCCAGAGGUCGCCGGCAGCGCAUCAGCACGUCACACUUACUGCUCGACUGAUAGCUGUGACAUGCUCGGAGGAAGCCGACAGGGUAUUUCUAGUUAAGGAGGGAAUCCUGGACCUGCUAGCCUCCCGACUGGCGGCGUUUGCUGCUUCGACAGGACACAUGUCACCGUAUGCGGACAGCGCAGUUGUGGCAGCGCUGCCUCCGGCGCCGCCCAGGACGAGCCUUCGUUAUCUGCUCGAGGCUGUCGUCAUGGUGAUAACAAGCUCGAGCUACCGGGCGGCGCGAUUGCUCUACUCGCCAGCCAUUGUCGGGUUGUUCCCUCCAAGAUCUCAGCUUUCGCAAGACAGCCAUGUGUCGUUCGCGGACUACAACACUACUCAAUCGCCAUCCGUGCAAAUGAACUCCAUCGACAACCUACUGCCCCAGCUUCAGGCCGUCAAAAGCAAGAGCGAACAUUCCUUCUCCAAGGCUUUCCCCGCACUAGGUUCUUUCAGCGCAGCCGGAGACAUUGCCGCGAUUACAAGCUUCGCGGAUGCCCACAUCGAGCCCUCGGCGCGACUGAUCACGUCCGACGACUUCGAGAGCCCCCUCUUCGCCUGGCUCAUCCACCUUGCUCGGACUGAACACGACGCCGACCGGCUCUUCGCCGCCUGGUUAGUCGCGCUCCUCCAUGCCGCCACCAUACGCUUCACGCCCGACACGCCCGAUGGCUACAACGAGAAUCGCGAUCGCGCGCUGAAGCUCCUUCUUGUGCCGCUCGUUGUGAACAUGAUGGACGAUGCAGGCUCGUCCGACCAAAAAAAGGCUCCUCCGCCUCCGGGCCCCGACCACGCGCUGGAGAAGCAGACCGCGCAGAUGAUUAAGGAGCGAGCACCUGCUGUGCUGGCGGCGCUUUUGGGCGAGAGCCUGGAGUCGCAGGGCGCUGCUGCGGGUGCUGGAGCUAUCAAAAAGAUCUGCCACGUGCUGAAGAGGUCGUUCGAUCCUGUCGUCCCGUCGAAGCAGCAGAUGUGGUCGCCUACCCCUCAGUCAUCGUCGCUUGAAGACGCUGAGAGCGAUCCCUCGCGGACGUUGGGUGGGCCCGGGCUUAUGCCUGAAGUGGUGCACGCGCUGAAAUGCCGAGAGAGCGCGCUCCUGGCUAUGGCGGCUAUCGCGCAUAGAGAUGACGGACUGCGGAAGAAGAUCAUCGAGAGUGGUGCACUUCAGUGUGUUACUGACUCCCUGACGCCAUACGACGAUUCUACAGACUUGGCGACUGUCACGACUAGUGCCAAAGAUGGCAACCCCCUAAAUGUUGUUAUAGCGGCUUGCGAUGCGGCUCGUUCAAUGUCGAGGUCUAUCAGCGUCCUGCGGACAAGCCUCAUCGACUAUGGUGUGGCGAAGCCGAUCUUCAAGCUCCUUACGCACCCUGUUGAGGAGAUACAGGUUGCUGCCAUUGAUGCAAUCAUUAAUCUGGUCCUUGAGUUUAGUGGCGUGAAAGAGCCCCUGAUUCAAGAAGGUAUUGUCAAAACGCUCUGCAAUCAUGCUCACUCAGCGCACGCACGCAAGCGCUAUCUAUCGCUCUGGGCGGUGAAACACCUCGUCCACAAAGUGCCGAACGAAUUCAAGAUCUACUGCGUAGAAGGGCUCGGCCCCGGCUGGCUGCUCAAGGUUGCCUCCGGAGAGCCCAAAGACUCCUACGCCGCGCCGCGGGGUCAAUCCCAAGGCACAACGCCCAUAGGGAUGGGCACUCCCAACGCAGCGGGCGAGCAAGUAGACCUUCUAAACGCCGUCGACGAACCCGCAAUGGACAUCGACGCCGGCUCGCCGUCCUCGUCCUCCGAAGACGAAGACGGCAUGCUCGACAGCGGCAGCAGCUUGCGGUUCUCGCGCAAGCCGCAUGCUCUCCCCGCCGCAACCCGCGCCCGUUUAGCAGCCAUCCGCGACGCGGAGCAGAACCCGCACCUCCGGGCCUACCGCGACGAGCUGUGGGCGCAGGAGCAAGCCCUCGACAUUCUGCGGAACCUCCUCAACGACCCCUCACCGUCUGGCAUGGAGAUGGUCGACUACGUCUUCAACACCUUCGGCACGGAUAACCUGUUCCGCGUGCUGCUGGCGAAGCUCAAGGCACCGAACAUCGCUACCUCACCCUCGCACCUCACCAGCAGCAACAGCCCCAGCAGCAGCGCCGGCACUAACGCCAGUAAACGUCCCGCCUCUACCCCGCUCGCCCCCUCCUCAGCCCAAACAACCUCGAUCCUCCAAUCUGCCGUCUUCAUCCUCGUGCACAUCGCCGCCUGCACACCUAAAUACCGGACCCUCCUCCUCUCGCAGACGUCCCUCUUCACCGACGGCAUCCUACCCCUGCUCUCGCACCCAGACCCGCGCAUCCGGGUUGGGUGUGUCUGGCUCGUGCACAAUCUUACCUGGGUGGACGACGAGAGCGAGAAGGGUGCCGCCAGGCUGAGAGCGCUGGAGCUCCGGAGUUUAGGGUUCUGGGAGAAGCUGCAGGGACUGCUGAAGGAUGGGGAGUUGGAUGUUAAGGAGAGGGCGAAGACGGCGGUCAAGAGGAUGGGCGAGUGUUUGGAGGGCGUGGGGGGUGGGAAUGGGGGGCCGAGGAGUGGGGGGCUGGCCGCGGGGGCGGGGCUGAGGGGGUGGGAGCAGUGA